AUGUCUUACCAACAGCAGCAGUGUAAGCAGCCUUGCCAGCCUCCUCCUGUGUGCCCACCCCAGAAGUGCCCUGAGCCUUGUCCUCCCCCAAAGUGCCCUGAGCCUUGUCCUCCUCCAAAGUGCCCUGAGCCUUGUCCUCCUCCAAAGUGCCCUGAGCCUUGUCCUCCUCCAAAGUGCCCUGAGCCUUGUCCUGAGCCAUGCCCUGCUCCCUCAUACCAGCAGAAAUGUCCUCCUGUGCAACCUCCUCCACCAUGCCAGCAGAAGUGUCCACCCAAGAGCAAGUGA